UCAGUGAGCUUGAGCGCCAGCAUCCAGGGCGCCAUGGCCAGGGUGAGGGGGCCCUUCACGCCGUCGCAGUGGAUGGAGCUGGAGCACCAGGCCCUGAUCUACAAGUACAUGGCGGCCAACAUCCCAGUGCCUCACAACCUCCUCAUCCCCAUCAGGAGGAGCCUCACGUCGCUCUACCCGCCUGCCUACUUUGGCUCCAGCACAUUGGGGUGGGGGUCUUUCCAGCUGGGCUACACAGGGAACGCGGACCUUGAGCCCGGCCGGUGCCGCCGGACAGACGGCAAGAAAUGGCGGUGCUCCAGGGACGCCGUCUCCGACCAGAAGUACUGCGAGCGGCACAUGAACCGGGGAAAACACCGUUCAAGAAAGCAUGUGGAAGGCCAGCCUGGCCAUGCCGCGAAAGCGAUGCCUGUGACGGUGGCGGCUGCUGCCCAGCCCGGUGCUCUCGCCACCGGGGGCAGCGGCGCUACUGCCGGCAUCGCCAUCAGUCAUCAGCAGCAGCAGCCUGUGAAGAGCUACGCUGCGAACACGAUCGAUCCUUGCUCACUGCAAUAUAACAGGGAGCCAGUGAACAAACAGAAUGAGAAUGAACUAGCGCAGGACUCUGACAGUCUUUCCAUGCUGACUUCCAUGAGUGCGAGGAAUACGGGUAGCCUCUUCCCGUUCUCAAAGGAACAUAACCCUUUUGAAGUGACGAACACAAGGCCAGAUUACGGCCUUGUUUCAUCCGAUUCACUGAUGAGCUCUCCUCAUAGUUCCUUGGAGAAUGCCAGUUUGCUCGCGUCACAGGGUCUGAAUGAGCAACAGAGUUCACUCUCCCUGCAGCACUUCGUGGACUGGCCCAGGACUCCUUCGCAGGGAGCUCUGUCAUGGCCUGAGACCGAAGACAUGCAAGCUCAGAGAACCCAGCUCUCAGUAUCUGCUCCAAUGGCAUCAUCUGACCUAUCGUCGGCCUCCACGUCUCCCAUCCAUGAGAAGCUGACGCUAUCGCCUCUCAAGCUGAGCCGCGAGUAUAGCCCUAUUGGUCUUAGCAUCACAGCGAUCAAAGACGAGUUCAACGAGGGAGAAGCAGACUGGAUGCCAAUGUUCCGUGACUCGUCAAUGGGCGGGCCAUUAGGAGAAGCUCUAACCAAGAACAGCAACAUGGAAGCAAGGAGCUACCUGUCGUCGUCUCUGAGCCUUAUGACGGAUGCAUGGGACUCGAGCCCAUUGGAGACGUCCCCUGUAGGAGUUCUGCAGAAGAACACCUUUGGAUCGGUUUCCAGCAGCACUGGGAGCAGUCCCAGGCUGGAGCACCACGGUGUUUAUGAUGGUAUGACUAACCUGCGGGACGAUCUCGGCUCCAUCGUUGUAAAUCAUCCGAGCAUCCGCCUGCUGUGAAGCUUCUGACCAAGAGAGCUGCAACAAGAUGGCUGUCUGGCUGGCGAUAUGUUGAUGAACUUUGCAGACAGCUGGUCUCCACGUGCCUUGUUACAUAUCAACUUCAUAUCCAUAAGUGUCAGUAUUUACGUCCUAGCUUUGUUAUUUGAGAGACUAAUCUGGUGCCUUCGGUUCAUUCGUUUUUCCCUUUUCCUUGUAACCUUAGACUUGUUGACGUGCCGUUGUGUGUGUGGGUGGAUGGAUUUGGUGCUACAUUGUUCCAUAUCAUGUCACAGUGUUCAGUUUAUGAUGCAAUGCCAUGAUAGUUGUUGCUUAA